AUGACACGCGCUCAGCAAACCGUCUCCGUCGUCCUCCUUGUCUCCUCUCUCUACCUCGUUGCCUACCUCGGCCUCGUCCCCCUGAACGAGACCAUCCAGACCGAAAUCCUCCCCGUGCUCCCCUUCUGGGCCGUCAUCGUUUUCGGCUGCUACCUCCUCGGCCGUCUAGGAGUCGCGAUCUUCACCUUCAACGACGUCCCCGAGGCACACGCUGAGCUGCAGAAGGAGAUCGAACAGGCCAAGGUCGAGCUGCGCCAGGGCAAGAUCGAUGUCGACUAA